CCGCCUUCGGGCCCUGGCAUUUUCGGGGGGCGCGAGCCCGCGCCCAAGAACCUUUCUGUGGGUUUCGGACGCGGUGGGUGGAGAGGAGAGCGCGCCGGGCGGAGCAGCUGGGGCUUGCCUGUUGCCGACGCCGCCGCUCCAGCCGCGCCGCGGGCAGAAGACUGGACCGCCGAGCCCCGGGCCGCGGCGGCGGCUGCGCGCCCCCCCGGAUGCCGUGACCCCCUGCCCGGGGGCGGGGGCCGGGGCAGGACCGGCCGGGGCCGCUCCCGCGCUCCUCCUCCCACCCCUCUGCCCGCCUUCUCCCCCUUUCCCCGCCCCCCAGCCCCGAACCCCGCGCACCUCGUCUGGGGACGGGGCGGGGGGGGCAGGGCCCGCUCCUCCCCGCCCCCUCCUCCUCCGGCCUCUGGAGCGAUUUGUCAAACUUCCCAUUCCGCCGGCAGCGCGGUCCUCCUCCUCCUCCUCCUCCUCCUCCACCACCACCUCCUCCUCUGCCUCCUCCUCCCCCCGUGCUCCUCCCUCCCGCGCCUCCCUCGCCCGCCCUCCUUCUUCCCUCCGCACGUUCGGGGAUCGCGGCGGAGCGCGGCGAGGGGGGGACGCGGAGAGCCGGGGCGCAGCAGCAUCCUGCGGGCGGCCGCUCUCCGGGGGGGAGGCUGAGAGCAGGCCCGCCUCGCCCCCCCCGCGGGCCCGCCGCCCCUCCCUCCCUCUCCUCAGCCCGGCAGCGGCGGCGGCGGCGGCGGCGGCAGUGGCAGUCGCGGGAGAAGCAUCAUGCCGAGGAGGAAGCAGCAGGCGCCCCGGCGCGCAGCAGCCUGCGUCUAUAAAGUUUAGAAGGCACAUACAGAAGCGUGUGGACCAUCAUCCUUUCUCAUAGAGGGAGAAGAGCAAGUGUUAGGGAGGUGUUAAAGACCGACAGCACCCACCGGGUACUUUCUCCUUGAAGCAAUCAGAAGGAAAAAGACAGAACUGACAAGGGAGUAAUUUAUGGCUGUGUGAGUCAAGGUGAACCACCUAAUAUUUUCCUGUGACACUGGUGAAACUCCUCCCCCACUGUGAGACACCCUGGAUUUCAGCAAGUGGUGACUUUCCCUAGCUUCUCAAAGGGGUGCUUAACCCCCAAAGGGUUAAAAGUAUUCUUAUAGGAAAGUGUCUUCUGAAAAGAAAGGGGGAAGGUAUUGGGGAGCAGGAUUCAGGAAGCACUAGAACAGGUCCCUCCAGUCGGCACAGUGGAACCUUCUGCCCUCUUGGAAAAGUUUUACUCUGAGCCGGCCCACCCGGGAGCCACCAACCACGGCACUUGAAAAAAAACAUGGCUCCAUCAGUCUUCAUCCAGCCAGCGACCACUUCCUCUUUCAGCCUAUGUUUCCGACGAGUUAAAGGCAGCUGCCCUGGUAGACGAGGAUAUAGACCCAGAAGAGCACACGGCAGAUGGAGAACCCUCGGCCAAGUACAUGUGCUCCGAGAAGGAGCUCACCAAGACCUGCCCCAGCUACCAGAACUCCCCGGCGGCUGAGUUUUCCAGUCACGAGAUGGACAGCGAGUCACACAUCAGUGAGACCAGUGACCGCAUGGCUGACUUUGAAAGCGGCUCCAUCAAGAAUGAAGAGGAGACCAAGGAAGUCACGGUGCCUCUGGAGGACACGACCGUGUCGGAUAGCCUGGAGCAGAUGAAGGCCGUGUAUAACAACUUCCUCUCCAACUCCUACUGGUCCAACCUCAACCUCAACCUGCACCAGCCCUCCUCGGAGAAGAACAACGGCAGCGGCAGCAGCAGCAGCAGCAGCAGUAGCAGCAGCAGCUGCGGCAGUGGGAGCUUCGACUGGCACCAGAGUGCCAUGGCCAAGACCCUGCAGCAGGUGUCCCAGAGCCGCAUGCUGCCGGAGCCCAGCCUCUUCAGCACGGUGCAGCUGUACCGGCAGAGCAGCAAGCUCUAUGGCUCCAUCUUCACAGGGGCCAGCAAGUUCCGCUGCAAAGAUUGCAGCGCCGCCUACGACACCCUGGUGGAGCUGACGGUGCACAUGAACGAGACGGGGCACUACCGCGACGACAACCACGAGACCGACAACAACAACCCGAAGCGCUGGUCCAAGCCUCGCAAACGCUCCUUGCUGGAGAUGGAAGGGAAGGAAGAUGCCCAGAAGGUGUUGAAGUGCAUGUACUGUGGCCACUCCUUUGAGUCCCUCCAGGACUUGAGCGUCCACAUGAUCAAAACAAAACACUACCAAAAAGUGCCUCUGAAGGAACCCGUCACUCCUGUUGCAGCCAAAAUCAUUCCCGCUGCUCGGAAGAAAGCUUCGCUGGAGCUGGAGCUGCCCAGCUCCCCGGAUUCCACAGGUGGAACCCCCAAAGCUACCAUGUCGGACACCAAUGAUGCGCUUCAGAAGAACUCCAACCCCUACAUCACGCCAAAUAACCGGUACGGCCACCAGAACGGGGCCAGCUACGCUUGGCACUUUGAGGCCCGCAAGUCCCAGAUCCUGAAGUGCAUGGAGUGCGGCAGCUCCCAUGACACGCUGCAGGAGCUCACGGCUCACAUGAUGGUUACUGGCCACUUCAUCAAGGUCACUAACUCGGCCAUGAAGAAGGGGAAGCCCAUCAUGGAGACGCCCGUCACGCCCACCAUCACGACCCUGCUGGAUGAGAAGGUACAGUCCGUGCCCCUGGCGGCCACCACUUUCACGUCCCCCUCCAAUACUCCUGCUAGUGUCUCCCCGAAGUUGAAUGUGGAGGUCAAGAAGGAAAUGGACAAGGAGAAGACAGUCCCUGACGAGAAACCCAAGGAAAAGGAAAAGCCUGGCGAGGAAGAAGAAAAGUACGACAUCUCCUCCAAGUACCAUUAUUUGACUGAAAAUGACUUAGAAGAGAGUCCCAAAGGGGGUUUAGAUAUCCUCAAAUCCCUAGAAAACACGGUGACAUCUGCAAUCAACAAGGCCCAGAAUGGCACUCCCAGCUGGGGCGGCUACCCCAGCAUCCACGCCGCCUACCAGCUCCCCAACAUGAUGAAGUUGUCUCUGGGCUCAUCGGGGAAAAGCACACCCCUGAAACCCAUGUUCGGCAACAGCGAGAUGGUGUCUCCCACCAAAACCCAGACUCUGGUCUCUCCGCCCUGCAGCCAGACUUCCCCGAUGCCCAAGACAAACUUCCAUGCCAUGGAGGAGCUGGUGAAAAAAGUCACUGAGAAAGUUGCCAAAGUCGAGGAGAAAAUGAAGGAACCCGAGGGCAAGCUCUCUCCGCCCAAGCGGGCCACCCCCUCCCCGUGCAGCAGUGAACUCAGCGAGCCCAUCAAGAUGGAGGCUUCCAGUGACGGGGGCUUCAAAAGCCAGGAGAACAGCCCCAGUCCCCCGCGGGACGGGUGCAAGGAGGGGAGCCCCGCGGCAGAGCCGGUGGAGAACGGCAAGGAACUGGUGAAGCCCCUGAGCAGCAGCCUGAGCGGCAGCACGGCCAUCAUCACUGACCACCCACCCGAACAACCCUUCGUCAACCCUCUGAGCGCCUUGCAGUCGGUCAUGAACAUCCACCUGGGCAAGGCUGCCAAGCCCUCUCUGCCAGCGCUGGACCCCAUGAGCAUGCUUUUCAAGAUGAGCAAUAGCCUGGCUGAGAAGGCGGCCGUGGCCACCCCACCGCCCCUACAGGCCAAGAAGGCAGACCACCUCGACCGCUAUUUCUACCACGUCAACAACGACCAGCCCAUAGACUUGACAAAAGGGAAGAGUGACAAAGGCUGCUCUUUGGGUUCAGUGCUUUUGUCCCCCACGUCCACAUCCCCGGCAACCUCCUCAUCCACGGUGACAACGGCAAAGACAUCUGCCGUCGUAUCAUUCAUGUCAAACUCGCCGCUACGCGAGAAUGCCUUGUCAGAUAUAUCCGAUAUGCUGAAGAACUUGACAGAGAGCCACACGUCAAAAUCCUCCACUCCUUCCAGCAUCUCUGAGAAGUCUGACAUUGACGGGGCCACUCUGGAGGAGGCCGAGGAGUCGACGCCUGCGCAGAAGAGGAAGGGCCGCCAGUCAAACUGGAACCCCCAGCACCUGCUGAUCCUCCAGGCCCAGUUUGCCGCCAGCCUCCGGCAGACCUCCGAAGGGAAGUACAUCAUGUCAGACCUGAGCCCCCAGGAGCGCAUGCACAUCUCAAGAUUCACGGGGCUGUCCAUGACCACCAUCAGCCACUGGCUGGCCAAUGUGAAAUACCAGCUUCGGAGGACAGGUGGAACAAAGUUCCUCAAAAACUUGGACACUGGCCACCCCGUGUUCUUUUGUAAUGACUGUGCGUCACAAAUCAGGACUCCUUCCACAUACAUCAGCCACCUAGAGUCACAUCUGGGCUUCCGGCUACGGGACUUAUCCAAACUGUCCACUGAACAGAUUAACAAUCAAAUAGCACAAACCAAGUCACCAUCAGAAAAAUUGGUGACGUCCUCCCCGGAGGAGGACCUGGGGACCUCCUAUCAGUGCAAACUUUGCAAUCGGACCUUUGCGAGCAAGCAUGCCGUUAAGCUUCACCUUAGCAAAACACAUGGGAAAUCGCCCGAAGACCAUCUUCUGUAUGUCUCUGAGUUGGAGAAGCAGUAGCGUUUGCUUCUGAUGGAAAUGACUGCAGUUUGCUUUGAGGGAAACUGUUGAAGGCACCUUAAGGCCCCUCUGUCUUGUUCUUGGCACAUGUUCUUAUGUUAACUGCAGAGGAUCACUCUGGGCUGGACUGUUUUGUAUAACUGUACAGUGUUUAAUAGAGGUGCAUAAUCAGCUGUUGUUACUGGUAAAAUAUGAAGGUUAAAAUGCAGUGGUAAGUGUUUGGAACUUUGUGUAAAUGGGAUUUAGUUGUGAGCAUCCCCCGAUGCUUCAAGCUGCAUGCAUUAACAGACAGUUUAAUUAAGCAUUUAUAACGAAAUCAGGCACACUUUUUCCGUGAGACUCGAGUGUGCUGGUAUUUCUCACCCUUUCAUCUUUAGCCCUCUGAGUACUUUGAAGCACUUUUGCAUUAAUUUGAUUAAAAAAUAAAAUAAAAUAAUAAUAAUGUAUGAAGCUCUGUUUUUUAAACUCCUUACCAGCUUAGUUAUAAUUAAUAAUAUGAACCUCCAUUUAUGCAGGUCUGCAGGGGUAUAACACGCCUUGAAAUUUAAAAGAAUAUUAUUUUCACAUUGAAACAUAGAUGUAUAUAUUGUAUAGAUUUCAGACUCUUAUGAAAAAAAUGUGAUUGUGGGUAAAUGACCUUUUUUCUUGCAUUUAUAGCAACAGUGUUUUAUGUACCUGCUAUGCUCUGGGCAUAAGCCGUGCCUAUGUAUAGUGUAUAUUUCUUUUUCUUUUUCUUUUUUAAGGUCUAUGGGUUUUGUUUUUUACAUGCAAACAUUGUAAAUUAUACAGAAGAUACCACAGAUAGCAUUUAUAAAAUAUACAGAAACAUUAUCUGAAAGCAAAGUAUGAUUGUUUGUUUUGCUACCCAGUACAUCUAUAUUGAUAGAGGUUCAUGUUUAAAUUAUACAUAUUUAUUAGCAUCAUAUUAUCAUUUGUUUUGAGCAGUCUGAAUAAACGAGGCCAGGAAAUCCAUCCCUGGCAGGCAUCAUACUAUUUUGCACAUGAUUUUUAAAGGUAUUUAUUAGAAAGCAAAGAACGCUCAAAAUAAACUCAGUGCUCAAAGGGUUAAGUCUAUUUGAAAAGGAAAAAAAAAGAACAAAAAAAAAAAAAAGAACUUGUAC